AUGAUGCUGGCGUUUGUUCUGCAUCGGGAGAUGAUGUAUACUACGGACACAUACAUGAGAUUUUGGAAAUCAAGUAUUUGGGCUUGCUUGGAUUGCGCUGUACUGUUUUCUAUUGUGAUUGGCACGACAUCACUCCAGAUCGAGGCCGAUCAAGUUUGUUAUAUCAAGUACCCCCGGAUAAGGAACAGAGAUGAUCCAUGGGUUACAGUUACCAGACUCAACCCGAGAGGCCGAGUUCAGGGGAGUUCUGAGCUCGAAGACCCACUACAACCAAUCACAUCCAAGGAACAGACCCGCUCUCGACAGCGUCGUGGUCGUGGUGGUUCGGGGAGCGGCUCCAUUUCGGGUUCCGCAUCGCCCUACAGCUCCUACCAGACAUCUCCCUCUCCAUUUCCCUCUCAUUCUCCUCCCGCUCCCGGUGUGGCACCCACUCCUGCUCCUGCUCCUGCUCAUCCGGCACUUCUGAGAGUUGCGGAGUUUGUUCGACAGCCGGGUCGUGACCAUCUUCCAUAUCUCACUCAGUAUCCACGUGGACGGGGUCAGACAUGGUUCGACCGAUCCGGGAACGGGAUCAGCGGAUGGAUCAACAGUAUGAUGUACUCGUCCCUCGACAAUGGACAUCCGACUUUCACCGACUUCCCUCUCGAGAAGCAGCAUAUGUGGUUUCAACAGUUUGCGCAACAAUUCAACUGGAAUGCCGAUGAUACGUUGUUUAUCUAUUACCACUUCGUCCAUAAAGUUAUGGACAACUAUAGGAAGCAGAUGCACUCGUGGAAGAAGAAGUUCCAAAGGGGAUGGACCCGACGGUCUGGCGGGAGUUGGGUGUGCAUUGGAGUAAGAACGAAGUGA